AUGACGAUAAUCGAUGACAUAGCCUUGGGAAAUCGUUAUCUCAACAUAAUUAUUGGUAUCCUAUUUUUUGUCUUUGGUAUUAUUGGUUCUCUUUUCAAUUUAGCUUUAUUUACACGACGACGUCUUCUCUCGAAUCCUUGUUCACAGUAUGUUCUCAUUGCAUCUUUAUUGGAUCUCGUUCUUCUCAUAACAAAUUUAAGUUCACGUAUUGCAACUGAAGGAUUCGGCGUGUCCAGUGGAUUUUUAUUUACCGUUGGUGUUUGCAAACUUCGAACAUGGAUUGUUCCCUGGUUAGGUCUAGCAUCUCUAACAUGCAAGGCACUAUCUUCAUUUGAUCAAUGGGCAUGUACAAGUCGUUCAAACAAUUUUCGGAAAUGGAGCAGUGUAAAACGAGCUCGUUUACUUGCAAUGACUUCAAUCAUUAUUUGGUCAUUGCCCUCCAUACCCUUUAUGAUUUACAUGGAUAUGGUGAAGGUAAGCUAG